AUGAAUUUCAAUCAAAAUCGAAGGAUAACUUUAUUUUAAAUUUUUAAGAAGAGGGAGAAUGAAUAAGAAGUCAGAAUCGUAGUAAAAGAAGUCUAGUAAAAUUAAUCAUCUGUAAUUACUAAGACUUUAUGA